UUGUCAAUAUUUUCUAUUGUCAUAAGUUUUGACUUGUAAAAACUAUUUUUAUAUAAAAAAAUAUUUUUAUAACUAAAUAGUUUUUUAUCUUAAAAAUCACAAAUAGUAUGAAAAAAUCAAAUAGUAUGUAAAGUAUGAGAUUGCCAGGAAAACGUUGUAUGGGUAUGUGUUGUUGUUUUUCCAGUAUAUAAUAAAACAAGAUGGCGAAUGAGCUAAAAGACAUACUUGAUACAAUUACCGCUGAUGGAAGUAGUGGUUACAAAGCAGAGAAGGGAAGAUAUCAUUUGUAUGUUUCAAAAUCUUGUCCAUUCGCUGCAAGACCUGUCAUUGGCCGGUUAAUUAAAGGAUUGGAAGAUGUAAUCACAAUGGAUAUCGUUGACCCAGUAAAGGAGACCUACUGGGAAUUUUCUCCAGAAAAAGAUGGAUGCACUGCAGACACAGUGAACGGGAAAAAAAAUAUGAAAGAAAUUUAUGAAAUGUCGCAUCCCAACUACACGGGCAGGAUCAGCGUUCCUGUUCUGUUUGAUAAGCAAACAAAGAAAAUUGUAAAUAACAGCUCCGCCGCUAUUUUGAGAAUGUUUGCGACACAAUUCAACGAGUUUUGUGCAACGAAGGAACAAGCUGCUUUGGAUUUGUACCCAGAAGAGAAGAGGAAGGAAAUUGAUGAUUUGAUUAAGGAAAUUUCAUCCGAUGUUGCCGGUGCUGUUUAUGGUAUCGGAUUCGCGCAAACACAAAAAGAUUACGAUGAAAAAGUGGAAAAAUUGUUUACUGCUUUGGAUAAGUUAGAAGAUACUGUAUCAAAGAAGAGAUUUUUGACGGGCUCGAAACUUACAGAAGCCGAUAUUUUCUUGUUUACACCAUUGGUUCGAUUCGAUGCGGUGUAUGGUCCGUUGUUUAAGUGCAACAAAAAAAUGCUGAUUCAGUACCCUAACUUGUGGGCGUAUGCACGAGAUAUAUACCAAACUAGAAAUAUUGGUUCUACAGUUGACAUGAGACAUAUAGUUUCUUCGUAUUAUACAAGUUUCAAAAACAGCAAUCCAUCUGGUAUUAUUCCUGUAGGACCAAAUAUCGACUUCACACGUGAAAGUGGGCGUUCGACGAUGGCGUAAUUUCACUCUAGUAGCUGCGGGGACGAAAUCUAUAUGCUCACUCUGCAAAAAUAUGCACACUUAGAAUUAUCCAACAUCAACACAUGCACAUAUUUAUUUUUAACCAGUACUUAAUUUAUAUUUUUAGAA